AUGGGAUCCUCCGCUGAUGGACUGCCCUCUGCAGAGCAUCCGGAUCUGGUGCUCACGGAGUCAACCAGGGCUGAGCUACAACAUGUCUGGGGCCUCCACCAUCCCAUGUGGGGGCCUGCGCUGAAAACCGAGGACUAUCUCGCACGAGAGGAGUUCCUGAUGACGGUGCCUCUUGCUAAGAAUGGAGGAGUUACGCACUGGAUCCUGACAGACAGGAACGCUCCCCCAGACAACAGACCGAUCUACGCGAGCUGCGAGUCGCUACGCAAGAGGGCCCUCGCCAGCCGGCUCGGUCCCGAUGGCCCGGUCGUGCAGGAUGGCAUCGCACACGGGAUCGCCUCGGUCUUCACCAACCCACAGUACCGCGGCAAGGGCUACGCGUCGCGGAUGAUGAAGGAGCUGGGACCGAAGCUGGCGGAGUGGUCCGAAGGGAGGAAGGGCCCCAAGGAGGCCCAGAACCAGGAGAACGGAACCACGCGCUCGCUAUUCUCGGUGCUGUACUCUGACAUCGGCAAGACCUUCUACGCCAAAACCGGAUGGGCAGCAUUCGAGAGCACCCACCUUUGUUUCAAGCCGGUUGCGGCGGCGGCUGGGGCGUCGCCGGCGUCCAAGGCGAGACCGUUGGGCUACCACGACCUCGCCGUACUGUGCCACCUGGACGAGAAACUCCUCCGGGGCAAGAUACGGCAUCAGGCGAGUGGCCUCCCGUCGAGCGACAAGAAGGUGUGCGCAGCACUCGUGCCGGAGCUCGACCAGUUCCUCUGGCACCUGAUGCGCGAGGACUUCAUGACGAAGCACAUCUUCCACAAGACGCCCGCGGUCAGGGGCGCCCUGUUCGGCGAGCCGGGCAGGAGGAUCUGGGCGGUGUGGACGAGGGGCUACUACGGCGGCCUGGACAAGAUCGAGGGCAACACGUUCCACAUCCUCAGGUUCGUGGUGGAGGACGAGGCGAGCCCGGAAGACUACGUGGCCGAGGGCUUCAGGGCCAUCAUCCAGAUUGCUCAGGCUGAGGCUGCGGAGUGGCGGUCCUUCGACGUCCAGAUGUGGAACCCCUCGGAGCUCUUGAAGAGGGCGGCGGAGGGGAGCGGCCUCGAGCAUGAGCUUGUCGACAGGGAGAAGGACAGCAUCGCGAGUCUGAUGUGGUAUGGCGACGAGCCGACGGAGGCGGUGGACUGGGUUGCCAACGAGAAGUAUGCGUGGUGUUAG